AUGGCCCAGACGCGAUCCGCGAAAGCCAGCCUGAGCCAUGAAGAACGGACGGCUACCGACCCACGCGAACAGUCGCUGCAUCCGGUCAUUCUCGACAAAGUCUCGGCUGUCAAUGACCGAAUAAAAACGUACAGAUUUACCAUCAAGGACAGCAACGGCAUUAACUUCCUGCCAGGCCAAUGGCUUGAUGUACACGUUCCUGGAAUUGAAAAAGCUGGUGGCUUCACCAUAACAUCGUCCCCAAAACACGCUCUACCGGCAUCAGCCGAAAAUGACGUUCCGUACAUUGAAUUGGCAGUUCAGAAAAGCCCAGACAACCCCCCUGCCGCGUGGUUAUGGCAACAUACAGAACAGAUAAUGGGGAAGGAGCUCAAUGUGCGUGUUGGAGGCAGCUUUGUAUGGCCGCCCCCAGGUCUGGACAUGAGCCAUAUCAAGCGAGCGAUUUUCAUUGCUGGCGGGGUUGGCAUAAACCCUUUGAUAUCCAUGCUCUCGCAUAUCCGCGAGCAACCGUCGUCUAUCGAAACCCGCCUCCUCUACUCUACCAAGGUACCCUCGCGAGACACACAGCCCGAAGAAGUACUUUUCCUGCCUCGACUCCUCGAUCUCUUCCGAAGGCCGCGUUCCGACCCAAACAAGGACCGACUAGAGAUGUUCCUGACGGGCACGUGGGAUGGGUCACACUGGGAUCGCAAGAACGACGAGCCCAUACAUCCGCUUAUGUCUCUCACACUGCCGAAGUUGGACAUUGACACGGAAGUGCCAAUCGUGGCUUGGACACACCGUAUCGAUGAGAUCGCUUUGCUUAGUGCGGUGGGGAACCGUGAUGAAGCUCGCUCCUCGGUGUUCUAUGUGUGCGGACCGCCAGAUAUGACGGACAGCAUCGUUCAGUUCCUUCAGGCACAGGGGCACGUUGAACCAGACCGCGUAUUCUGCGAGAAAUGGUGGUAACAACGCGGUCUUAUAUAAGGGAUCUAGGUGUAAAGAACUAAUCUCCGCUCAAUCAACGAUUUGACGCGGCAUCCUCGGCGUGGGAGACCGACUCUCUUACAAAUGCUCCUUACAAGAUCACUACUCGGUAUGAUUGACUUCACCGCUCCUAAGUCAGUUAAGCACCGGAAGCAACUAAUCAACUUGUCGCUGGACUUCCAAUUCUUCG